GGCAGCGCGGCGGGGCCGGGGAGGGCACCGGGCCCUCGUCAGGCGGGGGGCGCGGAGCGGGGUAGGCCCCCGGAGGGGUCCUUCGGCGACGGGAGCGGAGGGAGCGGGACGGCGGCGACAUGAACCUGGAACUGCUCGAGUCCUUCGGCCAGAACUACCCCGAGGAGGCGGACGGGACCCUGGACUGCAUCAGCAUGGCCCUGACCUGCACCUUCAACCGCUGGGGCACCCUGCUCGCCGUGGGCUGCAAUGACGGCAGGAUCGUCAUCUGGGACUUCCUCACCAGGGGCAUCGCCAAGAUCAUCAGCGCCCACAUCCACCCAGUGUGCUCCCUCUGCUGGAGCCGGGAUGGGCACAAACUGGUCAGUGCCUCCACCGACAACAUCGUGUCCCAGUGGGAUGUGCUGUCAGGGGACUGUGACCAGAGGUUCCGCUUCCCCUCGCCCAUCCUCAAGGUCCAGUACCACCCCCGGGACCAGAACAGGGUGCUGGUGUGCCCCAUGAAGUCAGCCCCAGUGAUGCUCACACUGUCAGACUCCAAACACGUGGUCCUGCCCGUGGAUGACGACUCUGAUCUCAACGUGGUGGCCUCCUUUGACAGGAGAGGGGAAUACAUUUACACUGGGAAUGCCAAGGGCAAGAUCUUGGUCUUAAAAACAGACACUCAGGAUCUUGUUGCUUCCUUCAGAGUGACCACUGGGACCAGCAACACCACAGCGAUCAAAUCCAUCGAGUUCGCUCGGAAGGGCAGCUGCUUCCUGAUCAACACGGCCGACCGGAUCAUCCGGGUGUACGACGGCCGGGAGAUCCUGACGUGUGGCAGGGACGGGGAGCCCGAGCCCAUGCAGAAACUGCAGGAUCUGGUGAACAGGACACCCUGGAAGAAGUGCUGUUUCUCUGGGGAUGGGGAAUACAUCGUGGCAGGGUCAGCACGGCAGCACGCCCUGUACAUCUGGGAGAAGAGCAUUGGGAACCUGGUCAAGAUCCUCCACGGCACCAGAGGAGAGCUGCUCCUGGAUGUGGCAUGGCAUCCCGUGCGACCCAUCAUCGCUUCCAUUUCCAGCGGGGUGGUGUCAAUAUGGGCUCAGAACCAAGUGGAAAACUGGAGUGCCUUUGCCCCUGACUUCAAAGAGCUGGAUGAGAACGUGGAAUACGAGGAGAGGGAGUCAGAGUUUGACAUUGAAGACGAAGAUAAGAGUGAACCAGAGCAGACAGGUGCUGAUGCUGCAGAGGAUGAAGAGGUGGAUGUGACAAGUGUGGACCCCAUUGCUGCCUUCUGUAGCAGUGAUGAGGAGCUGGAGGACUCCAAGGCCCUGCUGUACUUACCCAUCGCUCCUGAGGUGGAAGAUCCAGAGGAGAACCCCUAUGGCCCCCCCCCAGAUGCUGUGCAGAGCUCCCUGACUGACGAGGGGCUGGGCUCUGAGAAGAAGAGACAAUCCUCCUCUGAUGGCCCCCAGGCACCAAAGAAGAAGCCCAAAACCACCAACAUUGAACUCCAAGGAGUCCCUAACGAUGAAGUCCACCCGCUGCUGGGCGUGAAGGGAGAUGGUAAAUCCAAGAAGAAGCAAGCAGGCAGGCCUAAAGGAUCAAAAGGUAAAGACAAAGAUUCUCCAUUUAAACCGAAACUCUACAAAGGGGACAGAGGUGCUUUACCUCUGGAAGGAGCAGCGAAGGGUAAAGUGCAGGCGGAGCUGGGACAGCCCUUGACAGCAGGUGGUGCAAUCUCAGAAUUGUUGUGAAGACCCUCCUUUACCCUCCUGUACUCUUUCCUCUGUUGGCACCCCAAUGUGGAAAUGGCUGGAGUGCUCAGUCAGAGGGACUGGCAGAGCCAGCAGACUGACUGCUCCUGGAUCCAGGGAGUGACUGUGGCAGGGAUGGCUCUGGAAGAGGCUGCUCCCCGAGGAUCAGUGGGGGAUGUUGGCUCAGGUCGUGCCCUUGGAGAGGGACUCGUUGGACUGUCCUGGUGGUGACAAACCCUGCUGUCCCCCCCUGCCACUCCAGAGCUCCCCAGCCUUUGCCUAAAUCCUUUUCUUCAUUCCUGGACUGAAGAACACCCCCAGUGUGUGUUUUUACUCCUGAUGUGACUGUGUAUCCUGCAAACUGCCCUUUCCUUGCUGGGAAUUCUCCUUUGGAGGCCUGUUAUUCCUGCCCAGCAUUCCCAGGAGCUCAGUGCUCCCUGCUGACCUCAGUGCUGCUGCUGCUGCUCCUGGGCCAGGCUUUGGGGCAUCUCCAGUGGAGGGACAUGGAUGAGAAGAGCCAGGACACCUCUGGAUCUGCAAAGGCUGAGCCUUCACUGGGUGGAUAUUUUUGAGACUCUGCUGGUGGGAGAAGGAGCAAGUGAAAGGAGCUCUCCAUAAAAUAUUCAGUUGAUGUGUUUUCUCCCAGCCUGUGAUACCAAAAGCUGUGUUGGCAGGUUCUGUCUGUCCUUGCAAGUGUUUUUAUUCCCUUCCCUGGGAGGUGCCCUGCCAGAAAUAACUGGGUUCCUCCUUCACUGCUGGGGACUGGGAGAGGGUUAAAAACAGAACCAGGAUUUCUCUCAGCUGAAACAGGGCUUUUUCAAAGGGGUUUUCUUUUUUUUUCCCCACUUCUGGGUUAAAAAUGGAAGAAAGGUGGAUGCUGACAGCUCAUUCCAGCCAUGCUCUAACCUUUUAUUCCUUAAGGACAGUUGGAAUAUUUUCCUUGUAGGAAUGGGAAGAGGCACUUUCUCUGUCAACACCCACAGCCUGAACCUCUUGUACUCCACCAACAUCCUGGUAGAAGGAAGUUUUCCUUCCUAAGGACCCUCCUUUCACAGACUUUUAUAGCUCCUAUGCAACACUUUCAGUUUUUCCCCAGUGUAAUUAUUGGGAUUAUCAUGAUUAUUUAAAGUAUCAGAGUGUCCUGCAGACAUUAAAACCAGGGAGUCACAAAGAGAUUGAUUCAUUUGCAGCCAGAAAUGUGCAGUGGCUGCCUGGGGAAGAGGGGGAGACAUUUUGACUCAGAAGCUUUUUAAAAACUGUUAUUUUCAUUUCCAGCUUUGGUACAUUUUGCUUCAUUUGAUGGAAUUUGUUACCAAUGAGUACAAUAUUAGUUUUUUUCAUUCUUUUCUGCUCGUGGGAUGACUCUGAUGUGUCAAAUCCACCAGUGUUUGGUGUGCCUGACCCCCCCCAAGCUUUAAAAAUGCACAGCUCGUGGUUUGAAGCAUUUGAUUUGCCCCAGACUGAGCUUUCCAUGGCUGGUAAAGCUUCUCUGUACAGUGUAAAUGUCCUGGGUUUAUUUUUUUUCCUCUCAGCUCUAUAAUUUUAUUUUCUGGUCUCUGGAGCUUUGUACAGUAUUUGUCAGGUGCUGGCUUGGUGGUAGAACAAGGUGUCAGGUUGGUGUUUGUAAAUAAAGAGGUACCUUUUCAUUUCCUAAAA